GAUCACGCAAAAAAAAAUAACAAUAAAACCGUAGUAUUCGUAGUGUAAACGCAAUGGCUUUCGCCGCAAGAAAUUUGCGAAUUUUAUCAAAAAUAUACAACGGAAAUGUCACUAAUUCUUACUCAACAUUACGGAAACCAAUAGCACGAAUAAGUUUAUUGCCGUUAAUACAAAAUUGCAAACUUACCACACAAAAUAAUCGAACUAAAAUAGCUGGUAGCUUGACAAACAUCAGGUCAUCACCUACAGUCCCAUUUGCACAAAAUGUAAAAGAAAAUACAGAUAACAACCAAGUUCCUCCAAAAGAUGAUACGGAUCCUGAUCAUCAAUAUGAAGAAGAGAUGAGAAAACAACGCGAAAUGACAUGGAAAUUAUCCAAGUACAGUAUGAUUUCAACCGGAGUAAUACUUGGCUUAAUGGGUGGGUUUUAUAUUUAUGACUUGUCAAAAACAAAGUACGAUGACAAAGGCAAUGUCAUCGAGGAUGAAUAUUCACACUUACCCUAUUUUCCACGUAUAUGGAAUCGUCUUCUUGAUCGAAUUAAUUAUUGGACUAAAUUCAUCCAAGAACCGAGUAGAGAACAAUUGUUACCAGACCCAUUGAAACACCCGUACGUUCACCCGCCUACUAUAGUCCUAGAAUUUACUGACGUAUUAGUUCAUCCAGAAUGGACGUAUAAAUCCGGCUGGAGAUUCAAAAAACGCCCGGGUGUUGAUCAAUUUCUAGAAAGUCUAUCGCAAUGCUUUGAAGUUGUAAUUUUCACAGCGGAACCAGCGCUGACGGUAGCUCCAGUUGUAGAUGCGCUGGAUUCCAAAGGAAUAGCGAUUAGAUUAAUGAGAGAUGCUACGAGGUUUGUUGAUGGACAUCAUGUCAAAGAUUUAGAUACACUUAAUAGAGAUCUUAAAAAAGUAAUUGUAGUAGACUGGAAUCCAAAUAGCGUAAAACUUCACCCCGCAAAUUUGUUCAGAAUACCUCGAUGGAAGGGUAACGAUGAUGACACGACGUUGUUCCACCUCAAUUUAUUUCUCAAAGCUCUUGCCGCGUUAGACAUUGAAGAUAUGCGUGACGCUUUAACGUAUUAUCAACAAUUCGAUGAUCCUAUCGAAGCAUUUAAAGCUAACCGAGAAAAACUAAUACAACAAAUGAAAGAGGACGAAAUGGUAAAAACUCAAAAUGAAUCUAACAAACCAUUGGUAUCAAAAUGGUCGCCAUCGUUUUUAAAAUUGCAUUAAUAAACAAUUAUAAAUAUAAAUUUUUUUUUAAGUUAAUGUAUAUUUAAAUGUUAAAAUAAAAUUUUUAUUUUCUCCCAAACUAAACUUAUACUUUAAUUUA